AUGGGGAAAGAGCUGGAGAAAGACGAGGUAUCUCUCAAGGAAGAAACUACAGGAGAAGCAGAGGCAGGAGGAGCCUUCAAUGGCUAUAUGAGAAUCUUUCGUUAUGGCUCCUCCAAAGAGUAUAGCAUGCAGGCAUGUGCCACAGCCUGCGCACUUGGCUCUGGCAUUGGCAUGACCCUUGUCAACUUGGUUUUCGGCCAGUUCGUCACACUCAUUGUUGACUAUACUAACGAUCGUACUGACGCUGCCGCCUUCCGAAACGGCGCUGGAAGACUAAGUCUCUAUUUCUUUGUUAUUGGGCUCGCUCGCUUUAUCUUCGCCUACGGGUACAGCACAUUAUUUACACUUGCUGCAUACCGUAUCACACGAAACAUUCGUCGUCUGUACUUGAAAGCAGGGCUCAGUCAAGAUAUCUCCUUCUUUGACAUGGGAAGUAGCGGAUCUAUUGCUAUGCAAGCGGCCUCAAAUGGGCGACGUAUUCAACAUGGUGUGUCCGAAAAACUGGGCCUUGUCGUCCAGGGAAUCUCGGCGUUCAUCUCAGCCUUUGUGUUGGCAUUUGUCACACACUGGAAGCUUACACUCAUCUGCUGCUGCAUUGCCCCGGCUACAGUUCUCGUGAUUGGUAUUACCGCAACUAUUGAUGCCUCAAUUGAGACGAAAAUUCUCAAGAUUCAAGCCCAAGCUGGAACUUUCGCGGAGAGCGUCUUAUCGAGCUCGCGGACAGUUCAUGCCUUUGGGCUUCGGUCUCGCCUAAUUGGUGAAUACGGGAAGUAUUUGCAGGCUUCUCGAAAGCUUGGGAACAAGAAGGGCGCUCUCUACGGCUUCAUGUUCUCAGCAGAAUACUCGAUCAUCUUUGCAGGGUUCGGUCUCUGCUUCUGGCAAGGUGUUGGGAUGAUAGCCAGUCGGGAGAUAAAAGAUCCUGGCGAUGUAUUCACUGUGCUCAUGUCUGUUAUUGUAGCAGCUACCAGUUUGACAUCCAUUGCACCCUACUUCAUGGAUUUCACGCGUGCUGCAUCCGCGGCAUCAGAACUUUUUCAAGUCAUGGACCGAUCCUCGGCUAUUGAUCCAUUCGAGGAUUCAGGAGAAAAGCCAAAAACUACGGCUGGCUCCCUGGACUUCGACAAAGUCUCCUUUGCUUAUCCGACUCGUCCUGUCGCACAAGUUUUGAAGGAAUUCUCGCUUCACAUCCCUGCUGGUAAAACAACGGCGCUUGUAGGGGCAAGUGGCUCUGGAAAAAGCACAAUCAUUGGACUUCUCGAGAGAUGGUACAACCCUUUAUCAGGACAGGUGAAGCUCGAUGGCAAGCCUAUCGAGUCGUUGAACCUUAAGUGGCUUCGACAGCAAGUUAGGCUUGUCCAGCAAGAACCCAUUCUAUUUGCUGGCACAGUUGCUGAAAACAUCGCAUACGGACUCGUUGAUACACCGUGGGAUAACGAGUCCCAAGAAAAAAAAUGA